UUUCAAACGGUCUCGUGUUCUGUUCUACACUGUUAUGGUAUUAUACAACUGGACCAAGCAGGAUUUAACCAACAGAAUUUACUUAAUUUCUAAAUGGCAAAAAAAUAAUAACUAUAUAUCACUUAUAUGCAGCCAAAAAUAAUUAAAUAAAUAACGCGUAAAAUCACAGUGCUCCAUUUAGUGACGUGUUUCGAGGUGAAGUUCUGAUUGAAUUUGUGCUGUUUGGACUCUGUGCUGAUGGGCGAGGCGGCGGAUGAAUACACGCUGAUGUUAAACGGCUGAUGUUUGCCUUGACGUGAUUCUCCUCUGUUCUCCAAAACUUUUGAACGAUUUAUCGCGUAACCGAUCAGCGUCGACAUCAAAUGACAAAGAGUGAGACAAUGCUCUGCUAAACUGAAAACGUGAGCUCCUCCACUGCGGUUUACAACCCUCACAAGAGCUCCUCAGAGCAGCCAUCAACUCAGCACAAUGGAGUUUCAGUUUUUCGCAUCUCUUUCCGGUGUGAGGCGUUUCUUCGAUUCUCGUGCAUUGUGCGCAAUUCACCAUUUCAGCCAAAAUAGAGAAAAUCGUGGCAGCAUAGAUUAUUCACAGGAAGACUCUCCUCAUUUGCACAGCCGGAUUAAAAGCUCCCUCUUUCCUACUGGCUAACGAAGGCCAAUCAUAGGCGAAGGGAGGAGUCUGAACAGACGUUGGACUAAAUUGAUUGGAUGACAAAAACUUUUGACGCUUACCCACACUCAACUUCCACGGAAUCUUCUCCCGGUGCCUCUAUCCCACCCUCACCCCUGGAGCAUGACGUCCAUAUGCCCUCCGACUUGGAGGUAAUGACCACUCUUCUUAAAGAAGAACUGGCGCAGCUGGAGGAUUAUUACCUAUAUGAAUCGACACCCAUGAAAUUGGAAAAAUGGCAAAAAUGUGACAAAAGCCUACAAACUAUGGCCACGCAGUCAUAUUAUCAAUUGCCCUGCCCUUCGUACAAUGGAAACCAAUCUGAAACAAAUCCCAGGCUGGUUACCCUGGCAACUGGAGAGCUCGACCUGCGAGGCUUCUGUGGCGGCUCAAUGGGUAGACCGAAAAUGUCCAGACCUGGUCCUUAUAGCUACAUCCGGACGCACUGCAAUAGCCAAAGAAUAAUGGCGAAUGGAUGUAAAGAUGUUGAGGUCUUUGAGAAAGAAACAUGGACUUUCAAAGGGACUCAUUCAGGUUAUGCAGAGUUGGCUUUUGACCAGUGCUCUGUUGAUAAAUCCUUUGGAAAGAACCAUGCGAGCGCAAAGAAGGUUCGAGAAUGUGCCAUAUUGUUGAAGGAAGAAGAAAAAAGUUUCACAGAAGAUUUGUUUUACCGAGCAGAAAUGAUGAGAAGUUAUGAUGUUGGUGGGUCACCGGACACCCACCACAGGAGAGAGGGCCAGACCCAUGGAAUGAAGAUGCUUAGCCAUGAAGGGAUUGCAAUGCCAGUUUUGCAGUUCACUGACAAUGAAAGCUGUCCGCCAUUUAAACAAUCCGAAGUAGCCGAGUGUUACUUUCAUCAGAUUACUGCCAAUCUAGAGCCAUAUCAUGGCUUCAUGAAUGAAAUGGAUCAGCCAAUCAGAACUGGGGCUGUUGAACUCCAGAAUAAUGACUAUUUGCACCAUGAAUGCCUUGGAGAUCAAAGCUUUGAAUGUCUGUCUGGAGACAGUGUCGGGUCCUCUUUUGAGUUGCCUGUCCAGAAACCAAUACAGAGAUCAAGAGAAAGUUCAUGUGUGUUUAAACCUGAUAUUAAAGUAGGUUCCUUUGAGAGAAACCAUGGAGAACGCAAGCAGAAGAAAAGAGACCAAAACAAGUCCGCUGCCCACAGGUAUCGUCAGCGUAAGAGGGCGGAGCAGGACUGUUUGGAGGAGGAGCUUCAUGGUUUGGAAGGGCGGAACAGAGAACUUCGGGACAAAGCAGAAUCUGUAGAGAGAGAAAUUCAGUAUGUGAAAGAUCUCCUGAUUGAAGUCUACAAGGCUCGCAGUCAGCGCUUAAAAGACGAUUCCAGUGCCUAAACUGUCUCUUACCAGCAUUGCAGCAGUAACUGCAACAUAUACAGGCUCUGACGGCAUGUUUUUAAUGCUCCAAAUAAUUAGUGAACCUCACAAAAAGAGCUCAUGUAUUAAAAUGGUUUUGUUUAUUCCAAAGCAAAAGCCGCAUGGUUUUAUGAAACUGGGAACAAGAUAUCUUUCUUAAAGCACUGUGAUGAUAGCUUGGUAUUUAAAAUUUCAGCAUUGUAUAUGGAAAGCUGUCCAUCAAGAUUUUACUGAAUUUCACAUGGUAUAUUACUUCAACCAUACUGGCUUGUUUUAGUGAACAAAAUAUGGGAGAUACUCUGUACAGGAUUGUUUCAUUCUUUAUCAUGAAAGAUUAUGCUACUGAAGGUUGGAGUCAGUAGCACAACUUAAUGAGAAACUGUAACAAUGUAACGACAUGGUCAGAAUUCUUACUACUAUUUCUUAUAAUGAUACAAAGCACUGCUUUGUAAAAUGCCAUAAUGUAUUUGUCUCUCCCUUUUAAUUUAAUUUUCAGGAAUUUUCUUACACUCCUUUAUUUGUGAAAUAGCUCAUGUAAUUAUAUUUAGAAUACAGAAGACAUAGUGCUUUGCAAUGAUAUUUAAAUUGCUUUAAAAUAUAUUAUAAACAACGGUUUAAUAACACUUUUUUUUUUUUUUUUUUUUUUGCCUCAGGUAUGGAAUGCAUGUCUAAUACAUUGAAAAGCAUGUUGGGUUACAAUUUACUGCAUGACCCAAAAUAUGAAAUGAAUGCUUUUGUGCAUUAUGACAAUAUGUAAACAUUUUUAUUUUGCCUUUGGGCUAUUUGUUUUACUAUCAUUGACAUAGUGUUUUAAAAAUAUGUGCUUUUUUUUUUUUUUCAUUUAAAAUUAUUGUAUGUCAUCAGUAUGGGAUGUAGAUUGUUUUUUAUGCAGGUCUGCGGAAAACAAUCACUGUCAUUUGCUGAAGGACUUUAAAAUUCAAAACAAUUUGAAUGAUUUCAACGUAUUUGAACAGGUGCACAUUACUACAGUAGUAUACUGUGAAGUGUAUACUUCUGAAAACAGAACAACGUAGCAAAUUUAAAUGCAUAUAUUUCUGCAGGUUCUAAUUUCAUAAUCUACCAACACUUGAUUAAUAAAUACAAAUUAUAUUGUGGA